AUGUCUACCCAUGAGACCGUCGACCUUUCCAAGGUCGUUGUGAUCCUUGGGUCUUUCGUCGGUGUCAAUAACAUUCUCAGGCUAUCUGAGAACUCGAGAUAUGAGUUUCAACCACCACCCGGCAAUGUCAGCACGUCCUGGAAGGGUGACCAGCCCAGAGAACAGGAACUGAACCCGCCCUUUAUUGCCCUGGCGAGCGGAGAGCACUUGGUGACGGUGCUGUCGGAUAUCACAAUCCGUAUACGGGAUGGUGACCGCAUUUUGCCUUGCACGCCGGGUAAGCCCAAGGGGUUUCCCGGUCCCGUUACCAUUGAUCUCGGGGCAGUCCGUCUCCGCGCCUGGCCUUCGAUACGAUCUGCCAAGGAAACCCGGGCGUACAAACAGGACGCCAGGAAGUUCAGUGAGGACAUUCUGCGCGCCGUGCCAAAGUACAUCCCCUCUGUCAAGCGCCACCCGGCGACUGCGAAACACAACGUCCGAUUUACAGAGACGCUCUCGGAAUUAGCCACGACUAUAGACACUAAUACCGGUGAUGGUACAUUGUCUGAAUCAUAA